UCCAACUCCAAAUUCCCAUGAUACAACUCAAUCUAGAACUCAAGAUUCAUCAUGAAUAAUACCAUAGUCAAUAUCAAUCAGGAUACAACUCAGUCUGUAUUCUCAGGUAAAGUUAUUCAAGCAUUAUCAGAGGAUAAGCCUGGACAUGUUCCAUACAGAGAGAGUAAAUUAACAAGACUUCUGCAGGAUUCACUCGGAGGGAACGCGCGAACCAUGAUGAUAGCGUGCUUGUCUCCCGCUGAAACUAAUUUUGAAGAAACUAUUUCAACUCUUAAAUACGCGCACACGACUAAAUCAGUUCAUAACAGGUAG